AUGAAAAGAACUAUAGUAUCUUCCUCGAAUGCGUAUGUUCACAAGAAAUCUAAGCUAGAUAUAGAACAUGAUUUCGAACAAUACCACUCGGUGAACAAAAAGUAUUAUCCAAGACCAAUUACUAGGACGGGUGCCAAUCAAUUCAACAAUAAGUCUCGGGCUAAACCCAUGGAAAUUGUGGAAAAGCUGCAGAAGAAGCAAAAACAGUCAUUUGAGGGUGUCAGCACUGUCAUGCACUGGUUUAGAAAUGAUUUACGUUUAUAUGAUAAUGUGGGACUGUGCCAAAGUGUUGCGCUAUUCCAGCAAUUAAGGCAAAAAAAUGCAAAAGCCAAGUUGUACGCCGUUUAUGUUAUCAAUGAAGAUGAUUGGAGAGCUCACAUGGAUAGUGGAUGGAAACUGAUGUUUAUUGUAGGGGCAUUGAAAAGUUUGCAGCAGUCUUUAGCCGAAUUACACAUACCUCUUCUUCUGUGGGAAUUCAAUACGCCAAAAAGCAGUUUAUCUAAUUCGAAAGAGUUUGUAGAGUUUUUCAAGGAAAAAUGUAUGAAUGUAAGUUCAGGAAAAGGUACGAUAAUUACUGCUAAUAUAGAAUAUCAAACAGACGAGCUAUACCGUGAUAUUAGGUUGCUAGAGGGUACAGACCAAAGACUGCAAUUAAAUUACUACCACGACUCUUGCAUUGUUGCUCCCGGAUUGAUCACCACUGACAAAGGCACUAACUAUUCUGUAUUUACUCCAUGGUACAAGAAAUGGGUGCUAUAUGUGAAUAAACACAAAAAGGGCAGUUCCGAGAUUUGUCAUCAGCACAUAAUUGAACCAUUAAAGUACAAUGAAACGUUUGAACUGAAACCGUUCCAAUAUUCACUACCAGAUGAAUUUCUUCAAUAUAUACCCAAAUCUAAAUGGUGCUUGCCAGACGUUUCUGAAGAAGCAGCCUUAUCUAGAUUGAAAGAUUUCCUCGGAACGAAAAGUUUUAAGUACAACAAUGAAAAAGACAUGCUAUCUUUGGGCGGAACCUCUGGGCUAAGUGUGUAUAUAACUACUGGUAGGAUAAGCACAAGAGUUAUAGUCAACCAGGCAUUCCAAUCAUGUAAUGGACAAAUGAUGUCAAAAGCACUCAAGGAUAAUUCGUCCACCCAAAAUUUUAUCAAGGAAGUUGCAUGGAGAGAUUUUUACAGACAUUGUAUGUGCAAUUGGCCGUAUACCUCGAUGGGAAUGCCUUAUCGAUUAGAUACAUUAGACAUAAAGUGGGAGAAUGAUCCUGUAGUAUUUGAAAAGUGGUGUACUGGUAAUACAGGCAUUCCCAUAGUGGACGCCAUAAUGAGAAAAUUACUGUACACAGGUUAUAUUAAUAAUAGAUCUAGAAUGAUCACAGCCUCUUUUCUUUCUAAGAAUUUAUUAAUAGACUGGAGAUGGGGUGAACGCUGGUUUAUGAAACAUCUGAUAGAUGGUGAUUCAUCAUCAAAUGUUGGUGGCUGGGGAUUUUGUUCUAGUACAGGAAUUGAUGCCCAGCCAUAUUUUAGAGUUUUUAAUAUGGAUAUACAAGCAAAAAAAUACGACCCAAAAAUGGUAUUUGUCAAAAAAUGGGUUCCAGAAUUGAUUUGUUCUGAAAAUAAGCGUCCAGAAAACUAUCCAGAACCGUUAGUUGAUUUAAAGCAUAGUAGGGAGCGUGCUUUAAAGGUUUAUAAAGAUGCAAUGUAA